CACUCUCACUACUCUUGGCUCGGUUGCUCUUUUCAUUCUUAUCUCGUCGCGAACUCUCUUCAUCUCCUUACCUGUAGUUUUCUCUUCACUUCUCAUGGGCAAAACCACCAUGGCUUAAGCGCUAAUUUGCUGAGAGGGUGGAGCAAGAACGGUGGUGACGCCGAGCUCGACGGGCUGGCAGGGAGGGAGGGGAUGGAGGCGGUGGUGGACGUCAAGUACAGGCCGGUAUUUUUCCCGAACGGCGGCGUGGCGGCGACCAAGAAGCUGAGGCCCGCGGCGCCGGCGCCGGGGGGAGGCGAGACGGGGGUGUACCGGGAGUGUCUCAAGAACCACGCGGCGAGCCUUGGUGGGCACGCCGUGGACGGGUGCGGGGAGUUCAUGCCGUCGCCGGCGGCCGACCCCGCGGACCCGGCGUCGCUCAGGUGCGCCGCGUGCGCGUGCCACCGCAACUUCCAUCGCCGGCUCCCGGAGGCGCCGCCCACCACGCCUCUGCUCGCGCUGCCUCCGCCGCCAUCGCAGCUUGCGGCGGUGGCGGCGGCGUCGAUGCCGCGUCCGCUGCAUGAUCACCGCGCGCUGCGCGGCGAGGAGACGCCGGAGGGCUACCUGCGGGCCGCCGGCUACGACGACUCCGACGAGUCGGACGAGGGCUCGGAUUUUGACGAGUCGGACCGCCCUCUGUCGCCGCUACCGGCGCCGGCGCUGCCGCCACCUGGCUACCUCCCGUCCGCGCCGCACAUGCUCCUCGCGCUGAGCACUGAAGCACAGGGCACCUCAGCUCCCACGGUGGCGCCGAGGCCACCCGCCCCGGGUACGAUGCCAGCGCCGGCGCGGAAGCGCUCUCGGACAAAGUUCAGCCCGGAGCAGAAGCAGCGGAUGCAGGCGCUGUCGGAGCGGCUGGGGUGGCGGCUACAGAAGCGCGACGAGGCGGUGGUCGAGGACUGCUGCCGCGAGAUCGGCGUCACCAAGGGCGUCUUCAAGGUCUGGAUGCACAACAACAAGCACAACUUCGUCUGCGGCCACAGCGCGCGCCGCGGCGCCAGCUCCUCUGCCUCCCCUUCUGCCGCCGGCGUCGCAGUCCACCCUUCCUCCCACACCGCCCCUCCACCAACCGCCGCCGCCUCUGCUCCUGCCGCCGGUGUCGCAGCCUACCCCUCCUCCCACCCCACCUCCCCGCCACCAACACUCGCCUUGGCACCUACCCCGCGCCCGUACCUGUCCAUCCACACUGACUUCAACACCAAUGGCGCCGCCGCCCCCGCAGCCGCCGACUACCUCGGCGUGCAAGUCCAACCGGCGACGGCGAGUGGCGGCUCGCCGCAGUCCUAGUCAUGACUAGCUCUAAUUAUGGUUCUUUUGUAGCCUUGUCUAAUUAACCAACCCUAAUGAUGGAUGCGUGGUGCUAGUGAAGCAUUCUGGUCUUUGUUAAUGGUGGAGCCCCUAGAAAGAUCUUAGGCUGCUAAAAAUGUGGGCUUUUGGGAUCUGAUGAUGUAAUGAUUCUGGAUUACCUCUGAGUAUUGUAGGAGUACUAAUUAAGAAGCAGGCAGUAGAUUUGUUCUUGAGCUGAGGAUGAUGCUUGGAAGUCUUCUUGUAGGAACUUAUGCAGUUAUGCUGUUCUUGGAUCAGUAUAAAAAUGCAGGCCUCUCCUUCUCUCUCCC